UGGGUGGUUCCCACUGACCCAUUAGGGAGGCAGGAGAUGAAAUCUUUUCUCCUUCUUGGUGGGUGGAAUUCUCCAGGAUUGUCCUUCCUGGUGGGUGGAACCGCCCCUUGUUCCCCAGUUUUGUUUCCUGCCUUUUGUGAUAGCCUUGAGGAACGUAUUCUGCCUGGCUCACCACUUUUUCUCUCAACAGAUUGAGCAUGUAUCUGCAGGAACUCCUCUCUCCAACCAGCAUUACAUAGGUGCUCCACAGGGAGAAAUGUAUGGAGUGGACCACUGCUUCUCUCGCAUGCAGGUUGAAGUCAUGGCCACAGUCAGACCUCAGACGGCUGUCCCAAACCUCUACCUGACAGGUCAAGAUGUUCUUCUUGGAGGCUUUGUGGGAGCCACGUAUAGUGCCCUGCUCUGUGCUUCGGCGGUCCUGCACCGCAACGUCUACAUUGACCUCAUCCAGUUGCACCGCAGAAUUAAAGCCAACAACUUCAAAAAGAAAAACUGAGCCUCUGCUAGUUGAAGGUUCUCACUCCCCUGCAGACCAUUUUGCAAGUAUUUUGCAUUUGAUGCCAAGCGGAUCUCCAGUUGAGCCAAGCCUCGAAUUCUGGUGCUGUGAACUGGUCCAGUUAAUCAGCAUUGCCAUGGGGCAUGUCGUAAUUAAGGCUACAUCCCGCAGUUGUGCUGGCUGUUGUCUCUUCACAAACGUUCAGUGCACAAAGGGAUCACUUAAGCACCUUAAUCAUAGCAUACACUUCUGGUGGCAUAGUACUGGCAACUUAACAGAGAAGUUAGUAUAGCAACUACCCUAAGAAUAGUUCAUUUACUUGUUUCUUUUUCCUCCUUAUUUGUGGUAAUUUUUUUUCAGUCUCCUGCAGUAGUCUCUAUUAAAGGCUGUUUUGAAA